AUGCACAGAGGGAAAUUUUUCUUUUUCUGUUCUAUGAUAUUUUCAAUCAAAGUUGUUCAAACUGAACUCGGAUGCUACGGAAAUGAUGACGUAUGUAGAAUCUGCAGCUGCAGAAGCAGAGGUGAAGUCAACUGCUUAAGAGCGAAUUUGGAUAGCAUACCAGAGAAUUUGCCAUGGUGGCUUAGAGUACUUAAUCUGAAGAGAAACAAUAUAACCAUUGUUCACGAAAACGCAUUGAGAAAUUGUUCACUUUUAAAAUGGAUUACCCUGACCAACAACAGAAUUCAACACCUCCCUGAUACGCUCUUUCUUAACUUGUCUGUUUCUUCCAUCGCAAUCAAUUCUAACCGAAUAACUCUAUCGGAUCAAUCUAAAAUUUUUUCACCUCUCAGUCAAACUCUAAGAACGCUUUUAAUUUCUGGCAACAGUAAUAUUUCUCACAAAGUAUUUCAAAAUUUGAAAGCAUUGCAAUUUCUCCAGAUUGACGGAAAUUUAUCUGGCGGAUUCGGCCAGUCGUUUUCAACUUUGACUAAUUUGUCGAUUUUAAAAAUAACAAAGCCACUGGGAAUAGUAACGGAGAAGACUUUCAAAAUAUUUGAACGGCUGCCCAAGUUACAUAACCUGAGUGUGCGAGCUGCUGAUAUAAAGCACAUAGAACCAAAAGCGUUUGUUCAUUUUAAAAAUUUACGGUAUUUAGACUUAAGUAGGAAUAAAAACUUUUCGUUGAUUAAAACAUUUGAGCCGUUGAACCACGUUUCAAAUUCUUUGAAGUCUCUCCGCCUGUCUUAUUUGAUCGAUGACACGUUCACUCCAGUAACAUUGAAUAAAACAUUUUUUGAUGCUAUGAAAAACAAGAAGCUGCAAAAAUUGUGGUUAAAUAAAAAUGAAAUAUUGUACGUAGAAAAUGGAUUUUUGGAAACUUUCAAAAGUUUAACAUAUUUGGAUGUGACGUACAACCGUUUAGAAAAAGUAAAAGGCUUAACAGGAAUGAUUAACUUAGUUAAUUUAACUUGGCUGAAUGCAAGCUAUCAAUCGAAACGUUAUUACGAAAGAGAAGCUUCUGAAGAGGAAAAUUUCAACUCAAUGAAUCAUAAUUUUGAACAUUGUAGAGCCAAAAAACAAAUAGAAUGUGAUUUCAAUGUUUUCAUCGGAAAUAAACCAAUUGGAGACCUUGUCUGGUGUCUUAUUGUACCCAGAAGUUUAAAAGUAUUGACGUUAACAAAUUCAGUGAACGAAAAUUUUGACUGGCUCCCUGCUAUGCUGAUUCUCGGAAAAUUCACUUUAGAAGAAUUUAUUUAUCAAGAUAAUGGUAUGAGGUCUGUUAAAGGGCCGCUGAUCAUCAACUCACCAAGAAAUGCUCGGCCGUUCAAGUUGGAUCUCAGUCGCAAUUUCAUAAACUGCCUGGCACCGGAUUUCUUGAAUUUUAGUAUUUCGCAACGAGGGUUUGUUCUCGGUGAGUUGAACGUGGAGAAGAACGAAUUGGGUGAGCAGAUGCAGAGUGACAUGUUUGGCUUAACAUUUCAAUGCUACUCCAACCUAACUAUCCUAAAUCUUUCUAACAAUAAAAUUAAAAAAUUGCACAAACUGUCAUUUAAGAACCUUCGGCAACUGAGAAUUUUAAAUCUGGCAGAAAACUCUCUUCAAACAAUAGAAUUUGAAAUUUCUCACAUGAAAUAUUUGCAAUAUUUGGAUCUAUCGAGAAAUUUGUUGGUCUCACUGGCCGAUGACACUUGCUAUGUACUGUCCGGUUUAAGUUCAAACUUUUCCACGUCUUUGUAUGGAAAUCCUCUUCAAUGCAACUGCGAAACUAUAAAGUUCAUGAAGUGGGUGCAAUCGAAGAAGGUGACAAUCAACAACAAGAACCACACCAAUUGUCAGAACAGAAGUUCAAAAUUUAUUACACUUUCAAAUCUUGACUCCGCUGUCAAUGAAUUGAGGUUUUUUUGUAACCUCAAACUACCGUUGAUAAUCGGAGGGUCCUUAGUGGGCCUGUUGAUAAUCUGCUCGUUUUUGGGGUUUGUGUUGUAUAAAUAUCGCUGGGACAUCCGAUAUUUUUUAAUGAGCAUGCAGAAAUCUAAAAGGCGGUGCACAUCUUUCCUCGAGUCUCGCAACAGAUAUUACAAGUACGACGCGUUCGUCUGCUACGAGAAGAGCGACAGAAGAUGGGUAGUGACCGAGCUGCUCUACAAUCUCGAAACACCCGACCUAGCGCUCGGAAGACAAUCGAUUUUAAACGGAGGCGCUGUAAACGAUUGCUACGUCGAUGACGACAAAAACCAAUUUGAAAAUGCCGACGAUCGAUUCUUGCUGUGCAUACAUGAUCGAGAUUUCGAGCUAGGGCUGGGCAUUAAGCACAACAUUUCCAUGGCCAUCCACGCAAGCAGAAAAACCUUGCUAGUCCUAACGAACAACUUCCUAAAGAGCAAAUGGUGUAGACACGAACUUGAGAUGGCCAGCUUGGAGAGUCUGGAUCGGGAGUGCAACUUGGUGGUUCCAGUUUUUCUGGAACCCGUUGAAGAAACUUGGGAUAGCCUUUCCUGGCUGACGAAACGCUACACCUACUUAGAGUGGUUUGCCUAUGAUAAGUUGGUGGUGAUAAAACAUUUCAGGGCUCUCAACUGA